GGUGCCAUAUUUUGAAACCAUGAUCAAACCCAGAUCAUACUCCACUUUUUAUUGAUGCAGUUUCAAUGAAAUAUAUCGGAGUUUACAAAAUGUUUUUGUUUGUUUUUUUAGUUUACGUGUUAUAUGUUUGCAAAGCUCUGAAAGUCACAUUAGACGAGCGCGACAGAGGCACUUGUGAGCGGGUUUGCGCACUCGGUUCAUUCAGUCCGAGGAUCGCCUGAUAUAAUAAUGGAAUUAAACUCGCCUCGGGCCACGACCCCCCCAAUGAAACCGAGAGGAGAGGAAGAAGCGGCAGACUGAAAGACAGGAGGAGGCAGAGAGAAAGAGGGCGAAAGAGAGAGAGAGAGAGAGAUAGCGAGAGAUGCCUGGAUGCGGAUCUUCGUGACAUGAGCCGAAUAAUCCUGCGAAGUGCAAAGACGCGGCAGCGCAGCUCGGAUAUCACAGUUUUAUUUUCUCUCAUCUUGGAAAGUAAGUGAUUUAAACAACAACAACAACAAAAAACUAGUUUGGCUGAAUUACUUUUUGGGGCUCGGUCAACGACAGGAAGGAGGGAGAAAGGGGGAUCUGCUCGGUGCGCUCCAGACGCACAGCAUGAAGGAGGUAGAGAGUAGCUGAGCGCAAUGACAGAGAGCCUCUCCAGGAGUUAGGAUGUGAGCUGAACUUCGCGGUAGAAUGGCCGGCCAUGUGGCACUGACAGCCGAGGGAUGGCAGCCUUUUACCACCGCCUCCACCACCACCACUUCAGCCAGCAUCACCUCCACCCCCCGAGCACCGACCUGCGGCGGCUCUUCCACCGGCUCACCAUCGCCUCCUCUCUGAGCAUCAUCUGCUUCUCCCUGGUCUACCUUCUCACUGGAGGCUGCGAGUCGGAACUCGCUGAGAACCCUGAAAUCAAGCCGUCCGCGCGCGACUUCCUCGCGAGGGCGUCGGGAUGGCGGCAGGAGGGGAACGGAACCGACGCGCUGGGGAGCGGCCACGCCGCGCCGGAGACCAACAGCUCGGGGAAGGAGUGGACGGCCGCGCGCAGGCUGCCCCAGGCUCUCAUCAUCGGGGUGAAGAAAGGCGGCACGAGGGCUCUGCUGGAGUUCCUGCGGCUCCACCCGGACAUCCGGGCUCUGGGGUCCGAGCCGCACUUCUUUGAUCGGCAUUACGCACGCGGGCUGGACUGGUACAGAAGUAUGAUGCCCAAAGCCCUUGACGGGCAGAUCGUCAUGGAGAAGACGCCCCGGUACUUUGUCACAGUGGACACGCCAGCGCGGGUCCAUGCCAUGUCGCAGGAUGUGAAGCUGAUAGUGGUCGUUCGCGACCCUGUGACGCGAGCCAUAUCGGAUUACACGCAGAUCAUCUCCAAGACCCCCGACAUCCCGUCCUUUGAGAGUCUGGCCUUUAAGAACCGCACCACAGGUCAGAUUGACUCUCUGUGGAGCCCACUGUGGAUCGGCCUCUACGCCCAACACAUGGAGCGUUGGCUGGCUUGGUUCCCCAGGAAUCAGAUCCAUCUAGUCAGCGGGGAGAGGCUCAUCUCUGAUCCGGCUGGAGAACUGGGCAAAGUCCAGGACUUUCUGGGCCUGCAGAGGAUAGUCACAGACAAGCACUUCUACUUCAACAAAACGAAAGGAUUUCCCUGCCUAAAGAAGCCGGAGGGCAGCAGCAAACCCCACUGUCUGGGGAAGACAAAAGGGAGGACACACGUCUCCAUAGACCCAGAGGUGAUCCGGAAACUGAGGGAUUUCUACAAGCCUCACAACCAGCGCUUCUACCAACUCGCAGGGCAAAACUUCGGAUGGCACUGAUCUGUAACCUGCGUGGAACAAGACGCUUCUGUUGACACCGCUCCAGCGCAAAUCUGCUGCCUGACGGAGGCAGACGAAACGACUCAAAGCGCGCAAAACAGAGUCAACAAUGUCUUCAGACAGCCAGGCAGCAUCACAGCAGACUGCACUCCGAAAUCCCAGUGUCGAUAUGUUCUGUCUGGAUCAAUCAGUCGUGUUGACAUCUUUGUAUGUCAGCGAUGCACUCUUUGUGCUUUUGAGGAAGAUGCAGUGAGACCGUGGUGGCUGUAGGAUGCGGUUUUACGCCGAGCGGUGAAAGCUGAACGGCUUUUAGUGUCUGACUCACAAUCAGUUGUAGUUGUACAAGGAAGUGAAGAACUCAGGGUCCCUACACGUUGUCCCCUAAAUAUUCCACACAUUUCAGGACUCAAAUUUUAGUCAUGCAGUUUUUACAACAUAUUUACUUUUUAAAAUGUUUACUUUGAACCAAACUAUUCUUAUCAUCUGUAGGUUCUUCCAAAAAAAAAAAAAGUUUAAUCUAAAUCAAAAACAAAGCAUGACAAUGGUCAACAUGGCUUUUGGUUGUCAGAGUGUGAAUUUGGACAAUUUCUCUGCUUUUGAAGCUUCUGGACUUAUUUAUUUUGAAGUCUUUAAAUCUUGGACAUGUCAGAUUAGGAAUAGAAUAUUCUGGAGCAGGGGUCGGCAACCUACGGCUCCACAAUAACUCGGCUAAUGUUUUUAACUACAGAUGUAACAACAAAUGCAAGUUUUAACAGUUUUUCAUGGAAUAACCGCAUUGAAUUUCCACAAGUACCAGUAACA